CUGAGAGCUCGAAGCUUGUAUCUGUCAUACAGCUUUCAACCUCGUGAAUCAUCCACAUCGUUUCUCCCCAACGAUGGCUGAGGCUUCGCCAAAGAUGGAGCUUAACGACGAAGGCGUGCAUGUAGAACUAACGUACGAGCAUCUCGACCCGGUGUCUGUCAUGAACAAAGUCAAAAGCCCGAAGGCUGGUGCCAUCGUGCUGUUCGCCGGAACCACCAGAGACUCGUUUGACUCCAAGCCGGUGAAGCAGCUCGAGUACUCGGCAUACCCCGCUCUGGCGCUCAAGUCAAUGCUCAAGCUAGCUCGCGACGUGAGGCAAAAGCACAGCCUGACCGCAGUGGCCAUAAUUCACCGCUUGGGCGUGGUCCCCAUUGGAGAGGAGAGCAUCUUGAUCGCCGUGUCCAGCCCGCAUCGCCAAGCUGCGUGGAGAGGCGGGGAAGAGGCGCUCGAAGUGUGCAAGGCGAAGGUGGAGAUUUGGAAGCUGGAGGAAUUCGAGGACGGCGGUGGUGUGUGGCGAGCGAACAGAGACGGCCAAAGCGGCGUAAAGGUAGCCGAGAAUGAAUGAGGGAUCUCUCAAGCAUGUUUCACGGGUGAGAGACGUCUGCCGAGAAUGUGUUCUAGAUCACGGCAGCCGGAUAAGAACUCUUUGCCCGGCACUGUCGCGACUGCUCGGCAUCUCAGAUUUCCUUUUCGAGCAGGGCGAACGUGCAAGAGACAAGACCGCAGACAGAUCUUCUUGGAGCGAAAAGGUCUCGAUCCGGCUUCUACCCCAAAAAUCGGCUUCUUUCAAGCGCGGAAGAUACAAAACGGCAGAGGACCGGGCGCAAAACAGGUUCAUAGAAGAUGCUGCGUUCGCCGCUUCACGCCCGAUGGCCGAUGCUAUGCGGGUAUACAUCGGUGCAAAAGCUCUGUGUGCAAAACGUCAUGCACGAAGCAGGUUUUUAUUGCCGAGACAGCAAUGUGGUAGCAGGGCACCUUAAGGCUGGGAACGGAAGGUCGGGGGUAUAACAUCUGCUAGCCAUACAUUCCCAUACGAAAAGGAAAACAUUUGAUCCCGGCUUCUACCCUCGAUUGCGUGCCAUGUCUUCUUCGCGCAGAGCUCGGUUCUCGUGCACGCCGUCGAAGACGAACCAAAGUUUAAAGGGGGUGGGAGGUGAGAGAAGGACGGGGACUACGCAAAGGCGGGGCGGCUCGAAACGCAGAGCCUCAAGCACGUGGACGAAAAAAAAAAGGUAGGCGUGGACUCGCCGAACUCCACGUCGGCGAGGCGAAUCAUUGCCAAGGCCGUCUGGACGCAGGGCGGAUUCGAGGAAGCCCAAGCGCUUCUCGAGCGGUUGCGUCGGGACACGGGCGAGAUGAGGAAGGGCAGGUUUGCCGUGUAUAAACGGCGCGAGAAGGAAAUGACGGAGGAGCUUUGUUGUAGAGCUGAUGAAGCUGAAGUCCAUACCCGGCGCCUAGAUUGCUACCCCCGUCCCCUUUUUUUUUUGGAGCUCCCGUUGUCCAGAAUAAAAAGUAGAGAAACGAGAGCAAGUGCUACAGUCAAAUGUUUGUCCGUACCUUCAGGUAUGCAUUGUACUAGAGACGUGGCCUACCCCGUCUCGCCUUGCACCCAUCUAUUACAAGAAAG